UGAAUGCGCUUCUGCCACAUAACACCAACACCAUGCGCCUCCUUCCUUACCUACAGACCCCCACCAUCUUUCCACUCGAACCCUCGGCAAGAAAUCGGGGCUUUUUUCACAGCCGCAGUGGAAGCCUGCUCCAUCUUUCACCGCCCCUCGCUUCCCCUCUCUGAAUUCUCGAUUUUAAUGUUUGGGCACCUGUUGUUUUCUGCUUGGGCCGGUUUCCGAGCGCUGAAUCUAGCAAAAGAUCUUUUAAUUCAAAGUGAGGAGAUCUCUUAGUACGGGCGCCUUCUAUAUAUAUCCAGAUCUAGCGAUCGGUUUUGUUCCAGUUUGGGGCUGCGGGGUUCGGCCUCGCUACACCGAUGGCACCGAACCGUCGGAAAGGAUCUACAAGAACGUCAGCGGCGGCGGCGGCGGCGGCUGCGCUGCAGCAGUGGAAGAUCGGUGAUCUUGUUCUCGCGAAGAUGAAGGGAUUCCCGGCGUGGCCGGCUAUGAUAAGUGAACCUGAGAAGUGGGGAUUCUCAUCCGAUCGUAAGAAGCUCCUUGUUUACUUCUAUGGGACCAAACAAAUUGGAUGGAACCUUUCUCUCUGUGUAAUUGGACCUCAAAUGUAGAUUGGGGUGGUGAAUGGGAAGAAUGAUAAGCGAAGAUUGGGAUGGUUUUCUGUGCUUCUUUUGUCUUGUUGGGUCCAUCAACCUCUAAGG